GCACGUACCCCCACAAUCUCUGACAACAUUUGGUACAACAAUCUCCAAUCAGUACACGACUGAAACGGUCAAAUCCACAAUUAAAAUAAUAUUUACUUUAGACACGUCAUCGAGUUGAAAUAUUUACAUCACAAAACCGUACAGUUAAAAAAAACAAAGUCAUCCCCAAUAUCUCACGUGGGUCCUACCCACUACAUCCACCUCCCUCGUUCUCCUUCUUCUUCGUCUCUCUAUAUAAACACCAUCUUUAGCUUCUCCUUCACCGGAAUACAAAAACUGAAACCUUUCUCUAUUUAUCUCUCUAUACACAACAAUGGCGGUCUUCGUUUUAUCUCUACUCAUACUCUCUUCCUUCUCAGCCAUUCCAUUCACUUAUGCAGAUUCUGGAAUGAUCGGAGUUAACUACGGCCGUAUAGCAGACAAUCUUCCGGCACCGGAGAAAGUAGUUGAGCUACUGAAAACACAAGGAAUCAACCGCAUCAAGCUUUACGACACCGAGACAACUGUACUAACCGCACUCGCGAACUCCGGAAUCAAAGUCGUUGUCUCUCUCCCCAACGAAAACCUCGCUUCCGCCGCCGCAGAUCAGAGCUACACCGACACUUGGGUUCAGGACAACAUAAAGAAGUACAUUCCAGCGACGGAUAUCGAAGCAAUCGCCGUUGGGAACGAAGUGUUCGUCGAUCCGAGGAACACGACGACGUAUCUCGUUCCAGCUAUGAAGAAUGUUCAAAGCUCUCUCGUCAAGUUCAAUCUCGACAAAUCCAUUAAGAUCUCGUCGCCGAUUGCUUUAAGCGCGUUGGCGAGUUCGUAUCCACCGUCGGCUGGUUCGUUUAAACCGGAGUUAAUCGAACCGGUUAUUAAACCGAUGCUUGAUCUCCUCCGCAAAACGUCGUCGCAUCUUAUGGUGAAUGCUUAUCCUUUCUUUGCUUACGCAGCUAACGCCGAUAAGAUCUCGUUGGAUUACGCGUUGUUUAAGGAGAACGCCGGGAAUGUUGAUUCCGGUAACGGUUUGAAGUAUAACAGUCUCUUAGACGCUCAGAUCGACGCCGUUUUCGCCGCAAUGUCCGCCGUUGGAUUUAACGACGUUAAGCUUGUGGUGACAGAGACAGGCUGGCCUUCUGCCGGAGACGAGAACGAGAUUGGUGCUGGUUCGGCUAACGCGGCGGCGUAUAACGGCGGGUUAGUUAAAAGAGUGUUGACGGGAAACGGAACGCCGUUAAAACCGAAGGAGCCACUAAACGUUUAUCUGUUCGCUCUGUUUAACGAGAAUCAGAAAACGGGUCCGACUUCUGAGAGAAACUACGGGUUGUUUUACCCAAACGAGAACAAAGUGUAUGACGUUUCGCUCAACGGUAAGUCAACGCCGGUCAACGAUAACAAAGAGAAGGUUGUUCCGGUGAAACCGUCGCUCGUGGGACAGACGUGGUGUGUGGCGAAUGGUAAAACGACGAAGGAGAAGCUUCAGGAAGGUCUCGACUACGCUUGUGGCGAAGGAGGUGCUGAUUGCCGUCCGAUUCAACCGGGUGCCACGUGUUAUAAUCCUGAAUCGUUAGAAGCUCACGCUUCCUACGCGUUCAACAGUUACUAUCAGAAGAACGCACGUGGAGUUGGCACGUGUAAUUUUGGUGGUGCAGCGUACGUGGUCUCGCAACCUCCUAAGUAUGGGAAAUGCGAGUUUCCAACAGGGCAUUGAAAUGGAUAUAGAGAAGAAGAGGAUCGUGCGGAUUUAUUUACGUUAUUUAUUUUGAUACAUUGUUCUUUUGUCAUUCGAGUAUAUGAUUUGCGUAUAUUUAUUUUUAUUAUUGUAUAUUUGGUUGGUUUCAUCGGAUAAAUAGUCAGAUUUUCUUUCCCCCUUAAGCCUUAACUUCUUUGCUCGUGAGUUUAUAAAACUGACAAAACUUUGUUG